UAUCAAUUGAGAUGAUGAUGAUGAUGAUGAUGAUUUUGGCGGGGUAAAAUCCUAGAAUUAUACAGCAAUUGUACAUUCCAGAACUCUCAACCUUUAAAUUAAUCAUGGUAUAUUCACAUGUGGAAGCCGCCAUGGUCAUUCUUGGCCCUUUGAGCGCUGUGAAAAUGGCAGUUACAACCCAUGGAUGGCAGGAGCGACAUGAGUCCUCACAUAGUCAUUGCCACUAUGUUACCUGUCACAGUUCCUCCAGUUUCUUCCUUUCAAAAACAAUAGCUCAAGCUGCAGCUCAAAACACAUGUCAAUUCCAGCAAUGCCAUCUUCAAGCGCACUCACGCCGAAAAGCCCCAGAACUCCCGGUGGUCUGAGACCUCCCUUGAAACAUUCAAUUCAAGUCUCUUUUUCAAACUUGCCCGAUGAAGCAAUUCUUGCUAGGAACAGACCUCGUCAAGGCAAUGGUUCUCCAGACAGUACUGAGGAAGAUCAACUUAUCCCCGCUUUCGAGGUCAACCACCUAGGCUUCAGGGUCACAACCGGUAUUGCUCCAGAUGGUGAGAGUGGCCGAAGAGGACUGAGCCCGAUCAAAUGCAUCCAACUUUGCUGGAAAUCCUCGAGUGGGGCCUCACAAGCCGUCAAUUUUCUCUGGCCCAUUGUUCCUGUUGCCAUCGUCGUCACAUAUGCUCGGGAAGAAUGGCAUACAGUCAUAUUCAUUCUCAACUAUCUAUCCAUGAUUCCUUCUGCGAACCUUAUUGGUUUCGCUGGCCAAGAACUGUCUCGCAAAUUGGACAAAGUAUUUGGCAUUCUUAUAGAGACCACACUUGGAUCUGUCGUCGAGAUUGUGAUGUUCAUGGUACUUCUUAGUAGACAUCAAUUCCAGGUCAUGCAAGCCGCUAUCAUGGGCUCCAUAUUGGCCACUCAACUGUUGUGUUUAGGAAUGUGUUUCUUCGUGGGAGGAUUGACACACGAUGAACAAGAGUUUGAUGAAGAAAUCAGUGAAGUCGGAAGUGAUCUACUCCUGCAGGCGUAUGUGUUAUUCCAAUAUCCCGUUCAAUCCAUUUUUUAACCUGUCAAUCAGUGGACUCGGUCUCAUUGUACCUGCCGCGUUCAACAUGGCCAUUAAAAGCGCCCAGCCCGAGUAUGAUCCUGUCAUACUUGCAGAUUCUGUCCUCCACAUUUCACGCAUGACCUCUAUCCUGCUAAUCAUGUCGUAUGCUCUAUACGUCUACUUUCAAAUGCGCUCCCAUCAAUCUAUAUACGACGCGAUCUUUGAGGCGGAUGAACGUAAACAAGAGGACUACGAAGAGGAUCUUAUAAAGGAAAAAUUGACAUUCACUGAAUGCGUGGUGGCUUUGAUAGUUGCGAUUAGCAUGGUUACCUUCACUGCCAUUAGACUUGUGGAAAGCAUUGAAUUCAUCGUUGAUGAAGAUGGUAUCUCCGAUAGCUUCGUCGGUCUAAUAUUGGUCCCACUUGUGGAGAAGUUUGCCGAGCAUUUGACCGCAAUUGAUGAAGCUCACGAUAAUUCAAUGAACCUGGCCCUCUCACAUGUAUUGGGUGCUACCAUUCAAACAGCUCUCUUCAACGCCCCUUUGGUUGUCAUUAUUGGUUGGAUUGUCGACAUCCCAAUGGAUUUGAAUUUCGACCUCUUCAUUAUCGUUGUUUUGAUUCUGUCCAUUUUGGUGGUUGGAAAUUUCUUGAAAGAUUGCAGAUCCAACUACUUAGAAGGUGCUCUAUGUGUACUCGUGUACAUCAAUGUCGCUGUGGCAGUUUUCUAUUAUCCAAACCCGCCAAAGGUUGUACCACCACAUGUAUGAAGGUUUGGAAUGGUACGGCAAGCUAUCGUGGGAGGGAGUCUCAUGUGUGAGCUCUGUAGUAAAUUCCGAAAUCUGUCCUACGUGCUGGGAAUUUUCAGUUGGUUUUGGCGAUUCGAAUAUUUUGGCUUCUAUGACUUGCUGUUUUCCUCAUUUUAUACUUAUGUAAUGUUCGAGUAAGGUAGACAGACUUCUCACGGAGCUUGCAAAUGGGCGUGCUAGUUUAUUUUUUCAGAACAGAUAGAUAAUAGAAUGAAAAGAGCUUCCCACUAAGCCCGUGAGUGCGGUGCGUAGUAUCUGGCAUGUUUUUGUGAUGUGGCUGCUCAAAGCGGAGAUUUGAUUCGGUUAGUGUCUUCGAUAUCGAUGUGACGGGAGUAUAAAACCUAUUAAUGAAAAAGCUUGCUAGGGUAAUGAAUUUGCUCAACUGAGCUCAAGGGCGAACGCAAAACUCAAACUAUCAGACAUAAUUGGGGAGAUAGAUGGUUUAUCACAGGGCCCACGACUCGUAUAUGUAAGUUUGUUUGAUCUAUCACAACCUUCACACUAUUUUCCGCGCUCAUUCGAAGACCUUAUCCGAAAUUAAUCGACAAUUACUAGCCCCAUGAUUAUGCCUACGUUGAACGCUGUUGCAGACUUGCGCUUUUGAUAGCCAUCUCCCUUCGCCGACGUAACCAUUACACACCACGUCAAAGGAAAGGAAAACUAAAAAGGAAAAUUUAAAAGCUUUAAAAAGCCACAGAAUGACCGCCGCAACGAUGAAGUUAAACAAGAGGUUACCAGUCUAACUCUUCGGAAUAAGACGAAUGCUUUCUCCAAUUAGAGUUUAGUACAGCCCAAAACUUUGAACGCAAGGAAUUCAAAACGUUAUAAAAGAUUCUUUCGUGGCAUAUGUCUGAUCAACAUGUUCUGUUAGGAAUAGAAUCACAACCAUUCUCGACAGGUCCAAAUCCACCAGGGCUAUCAUGUUCUCUUUGAUUGGAUGGCUAGCAACCGAUAGAAAUAUCCUUGGAUGCCGGAUAAUCAG